CAAGGCCAAAAGGCAAGACAGACAGAGAGAAAAGCGCAGAGGCAGGCGGCGCAAGACGAUCAUCGAAGGUCACUCUUAUCGGAGACUGAGCUGAGCUUAUAGUCAGGACUAGGAGACCUUUGGGGACACUAUCAACAACUCAAGCCAAUUCUAUCUUCUUCUUCUUCUUCUUUGGUUGGGUUGGAUUGGAUUGGAGCGAGAAUGACAGUCGUCUAUAGCCUCUUGCAACAAUGGCAGCUUCCUUCCUCAAAAUUUCUCCGGAGAAGCUCCAAAGCAGGCCUCGGCACCCAUAUCAAUUCCAGCAUAUUCUUUCGGAAGAGCAUUCAAACAAGCACGUAUGAAAUAGUGAAGGGAAGUUACGUCCCAACUGCUCAACCCAAACAAGAUAGCACGCCCAAGGAAAAGCCCAUGAGAAAACUUGAAAAUCUUGGUGCGUUUCAAAAACUACCCAUGGUAAUGCCAUCAGUUGAUAUUCUUCACUCAUCGCUAAGGAAAGCGAAGCGAGUCUCACCCACUAAAGGAAUUGCAAAUAUUGCCAAAAGAGAGAGAAACAGAGGUGCAAAGCAACUUGAUGCACUUAUGAAAGAAUUGGCAGCACCUUUGAGAGGUUACAUCGAUAAUUUUCCGAAGAAACGCUAUCUGCACCCUUAUGAAAGGGCACUUGUUGAACUGACUAUAGGGGAUGGUAAUUACGAAGAGGUUUUGAGAAAAGUAGAUUCUUUGAGGAAGAAGGUGAUUUCUUUUGGCAAGGAACAUGCCUCUCACUGUGCAAAGUCAGCGUCCAAGAGAGAAGCAGAGGAAAGGUUGAGUCAAGGGAUGAGCAACCUUGAAGAAAUUUUCAGUCAUGAAGGCAAAGCUGUUGAUGAACUAUUGAACAUCGCCAAGACUUUGAGGGCAAUGCCAGUUGUUGACCUGGAAAUGCCCACACUCUGUCUUGUUGGAGCCCCUAAUGUUGGGAAGUCAUCCUUGGUUCGCAUACUUUCGACAGGAAAGCCUGAGAUCUGCAACUAUCCCUUCACCACAAGAGGAAUUCUGAUGGGCCAUAUCACUUUAGGCUACCAGCAUUUUCAGGUGACGGACACCCCUGGCCUUCUGAGGAGACAUGAUGAAGACAGGAAUAAUUUGGAGAAAUUAACGCUCGCUGUACUCUCGCAUUUACCUACAGCUAUAUUAUAUGUACAUGAUGUGACUGGCGAAUGUGGAACUUCUCCCUCUGAUCAGUAUAUGAUUUACAAGGAUGUUAAAGAAAGGUUUGACGAUCAUCCCUGGGUUGAUGUCAUUUCAAAGUCUGAUCUGAUGCAAGGGUCUCCUGUAGCCUUCGUCACUGAGGAAGUUGAUGCAGAUGAUAAUGAAAUGGCACAAUACAGGAAGAUGGGACCCAGUGGAGCACUUCGUGUGUCCGUAAAGAGUGAAGAAGGGAUCAAUGAGCUGAAAGAGAGAGUUCAUGGGCUGCUGGUUUCUCAGAUGGACAGGAUCAGAAGCAACCAAGAGAAGGAAGUGGGUGAUCCCGGCUUUGAACUUAUAAAGUGAAAGCAUUCAAGUAAGCUGUAUUUCACAUCGCUCGGAGUAAAGCAGAACUGUAUGAUUUUGUCACAGCAAAGAAACUCUAUUUCAAGGGUCCAGGUUGAAAAGCUGAGGAGGAUGGGGACAUAUUUGUGCUGCAUAAAUCUUGCUCAGAGAGAGCCUUCCCUCAUCGGCAAAUGAGUUAUGAAGAAUCUGCACUCUUCUGGCCUCUGGCAUCAGCCGCAGAAGCUAACCUGUAACCAGUUCCAACAUUGUGUGCGAGUGUGGGGAUGCAUAUGGUUCCCUCCUUUGUACAGAUCAGAUUCCUAUCUUGUUUUUUGUCGUUCUUUGGAUUUGGAAUUCUUGCUAUUUACCAGAACUUUAGUGAAUAUGUACUUCUCUCGACAUCAUAUGAGAAGGGAUGGAACGAUAAUAAUUGUAACUCAGAGAAGUCGCAAGUUUGGAAUGAUAAUAAUUGUAACUCAAGAGAA